AUGAACAACCUAUUCCCCCGUAUCGUUGCUCGCGAUGAUGACAAUGACAACGAUAGCGGACUGUCCAACACCAUGGUCGACCUACUCAUUGCCCUCCUCGUUCUCGUUCUACUAUCUCUCGCCCUAGUCGGUGGUCUGCUCAUCCUCCGCCGCAAGCGUCAGCGGAAACAGAACCUGCUUCCAGUCCACAAUGGACAGUCUCUCAACAAACGCCGCCUCACUAUUUCCACAAAUAAAACCGACUCCAUCCUUGUCUAUGACGAGAAACGCAGCCUCAUGGAGAACUCCCACAGCCCCCCACCUAGUCCUGUACCUGAGAUCCGCAUUACCUUCCCAGAGGAAGAAGACGCGAGCGGCAAACGGACGUCUGGCCGCAUGGUUAUUGUCCGAAUUAGUGACGCUGGCAGCGUCGGCCUGGAACCCUGCCAUGAGGAGCUUCCUCCAUACCAAACCACCGAUACCGGUCGCUUCCAGUCCCUGGACAUGGAUCGUAUGGGCGGGCUGAAGGAGAAAGACGAGAGGAAGACGUAUCAUUAA